AAUUGUGUUGUCCUAUCCAUGCAAAACAAUUAUCCAAUACAAAACGAUUUUCAGGUCUUGUGCAGUGCCACUUUUCAUGUAAUACCACCUGUUAGGGCACAGGACACUACACAAAUCUGUGUUUUCUAAACCAAUUGUCAACGUCGAUUUUAUUUUCUCAUAGAAUUUUCUGAUUUCCCACGCCCCCCGGGCUCCUCCCCCCGACUGGUUCCUGGUCCUCCCUGUGCCACCUCAUUUAAAAAAUCCUGGAAUCGCUCGAGUCACUCGAAGUCCGCUACCUACGCUACGUACAUUGGUUGUAUUGGCAACUAUAAUAUUGCCUGAAACACGAUCAAAGACCCACACUCUAGAUAUUAAACAUUCUUUCGUCUUUAAAUGAAGAACCUCAAAAAUUCCUAUAUCCAUCACUGGAUUUAUCACAAGUGGAGUAUUAUGUAUUGAAUUGGACAGAAAGAUGUUUUGUUCAGGCGGAUACGGACAGCUAUGGAAAUGUGAAAGGACCCCGCCGUAGGCAGGACAGAGUGGAGAAAUUGUGUAUUGAAACGGCGAUUUGUUGCCUUUAUCCAGGCUUCAGUUUUAUGAAUUUGUAUAUUUAGUGGGUUUAUUUAGUUAUGCCGCUGUUUGAGGGCCUCGGGAGCGGCGGGGAGAAAACCGCUGUGGUCAUUGAUCUGGGAUCAUCCUACACCAAAUGUGGCUUUGCAGGUGAGACUGGGCCCAGAUGUAUCAUUCCCAGUGAGGUUCAGAAACCUGGACUGCAGCAGCCAGUUAAAGUUGUCCAGUACCACAUCAAUACGGAUGAGCUGUACUCGAACCUCAAGGACUUCAUCCAUAUGCUCUACUUCAGACACCUGCUUGUGAACCCACGGGACCGGCGGGUGGUCAUCGUCGAGUCAGUGCUCUGCCCCUCACACUUCAGGGAGACCCUCACGAAAGUCUUAUUUAAGCAUUUUGAGGUGCCCUCUGUGCUCUUCGCCCCCAGCCACCUCAUGUCCGUGCUGACUCUAGGAAUUAACUCGGCACUGGUGAUGGAUUGCGGGUACACAGAGACCCUGGUGUUGCCUGUCUAUGAAGGCAUCCCCAUUUUGUCUGCCUGGGAGGCGUUGCCGAUGGGAGGGAAGGCCAUUCACAAGGAGCUGGAGAGCCUGCUGGUGGAGCAGUGCACCGUGGACACCGAGUCCAGCACAGGACAGAGUUUACCUGCUGUGAUCAGUUCCAUUCCAGAGGAAGUCGUGGAGGACAUCAAAGUCAGGACCUGUUUUGUGAGUGAUCUCCAGAGGGGCUUGAAAAUCCAGGAGGCUAAAUUCAAUCUGGAGGGCACAGCAGAGUGUCCAGCCCCGCCCCCUGAUGUGAACUAUCCGUUGGAUGGAGAGAAGAUUAUACACAUCAAGGGAUCAAUCAGGGACUCUGUAAUGGAGAUGCUGUUCGAACAGGACAACGAGGAGAAGUCUGUGGCAACGCUGGUGCUCGAUGCUCUGGUCAAGUGCCCCAUCGACACACGCAAGGUGCUGGCCGAGAACCUUGUGGUCAUCGGCGGUACGGCCAUGCUGCCCGGCUUCCUGCACCGCCUCCUAGCGGAGAUCCGCCUGCUGGCCGAGAAGCCGAGGUACCAGCAGGUGCUCUCCAGCAGGACCUUCCGUGUGCACAGCCCACCUGCCAAGCCCAACUGCACCGCGUGGCUCGGGGGUGCAAUAUUUGGGGCCUUGCAGGACAUCCUGGGCAGCCGCUCCAUCUCGCGGGACCAGUACAACCAGACAGGCCGCACACCAGACUGGUGCUGCCUGAGCACACCACCCCCAGAGUCUAUGUAUGACACCGGCAAGACACCUCCACCGCUCAUGAAAAGGGCCUUCUCCACAGAGAAGUGAUCCCACACAACACACUAAUAACCCUGCCCUUGCACCCAUCAGCCUGAUCACCGUUUAACCUACCCUCGGACCCCCAAUCCACCUUAUGAGCAGCACUUCCUCAGACGUGCCCCCUAACCACAGGCAGCCCUCCAUCUACCAGUGUAGUUUGUGCUUAAGCUGAAGGGCAGCAGUGUCACUAAAAUUCUGGUUAGUUACCAGAACCUUUAACUAUACUGUAAAACUCUUUGACCCAUAAAUAAUGGGGCUCAUUAGAAGCCUGGCCCAACAUUGCUACCCAGCUUAAUAAGGCUAAUUUUGAUCUACAAAAUAUUUAACAUUUUUGCAUAUUAAAUAUCUGCUUACACUAUAAGGGGAGACCCGAGUCAGUGAACCUCUAACCAUUCUGGCACAUCCAUGCAAAGUGUUGGUUUCUGAAUAAUUCAUCAGAGCAUCAAUUAUUUCUUUAAGCAGUGUAAAACAUUGUUUAGCUGUAUAAUAUAACAGUAUAAUAUGUUUUGGUUAUUAUGAAGUUGAAAAUUCAUUCAUGCAUAUUCAAAUGUAUUUAUCCCCUGUGCUAAAGCAGUGCAAUUUUCAAUGUAAAAGAACUGACAAGAAUAUUUCUCACUUGUUUAAGAACAUCAUUUAAUUUUUUUCAGUUUACAUUUGAAGUUAUGUUUUGCCUUCUGUCAGUUUCAGUUCAAAUGACCAGUACUUGUGUGUCGCAAUGGAAUAAAUAGAGCUAAAUGUGUGCUGAACACGAGUGACUUCUCCAUGUAGUGGUAUGUUUGGCUUGUAUAGGCCUGGAAAAAAAAUCUCGACCUCAGUUUACAUAUUCCUACAUAAUUUCUGUUUCUCUUGUCUUCUGUUGAAUUGGAUUGCUGUUUGUAUAGUCCCCACUGCUGUAGUUUGAGCUUAAGUUAUUGUGUGGUAAUAAAACUUGUAUGACCAUGUACAAUGAACGUAAAGCUUGGAAUACGUAAGUGAAAUAAAAAAAAAAAAAAAAACAAAC